AUGAAUGUUGGUGUGGGUGUGGCUGUUGACCCUGUCAUCAUACCCACAGCCACACGUUUUACAAUUAACUUCAACGGAGCUGCUCGUCUUUCACUUGAUCUUCUUCAUUCAAUUGUACAAAAUAGGUAUACAAAAUUAUUCAAUGAAACCGAACGACAAUCGGUUAAAAUACUGAUUUUAGGACUAAAAGCAGUACGUAAUGGUUUCAUUGCUAAACUCUAUUUUUAUAAAUUACUCAAUGUUGAAGAAGAAGGUGAACGAAUUGCAUAUGUAGUAAGUGUAUACAACGAACAGCAAGUAUUGGUCAUAUUUGGUUCAUGGUUACUUGAUACUGAAGCGGGCGAUAUAUUUUUUAAUGAUCGUUCACAACUGCAUCGCGAUCUUAUGAUGGAUGCAGCAAAUCUAUAUAUUACACAAUUGUUUCAACAGCCGGAAAACUAG